CCAGGAUGUAGAGCCGGCGGUGCCUGACGGCGCGUCUGACGCGAAGCUGGGUGGGGUAGAGUAGGGGGCGGUAGUCGGGGGUGGUGGGAGAAGGAGGAGGCGGCGGCGAAUCACUUAUAAAUGGCGCCGAAACAGGACCCGAAGCCCAAAUUCCAGGAGGGCGAGCGUGUGCUGUGCUUUCAUGGACCUCUUCUUUAUGAAGCAAAGUGUGUAAAGGUUGCCAUAAAGGACAAACAAGUGAAAUACUUUAUACAUUACAGUGGCUGGAAUAAAAAAAGUGCUGUGAGGCCCAGGCGCUCUGAGAAAACUCUGAAGACACGUGAGGAUAUGGUAGCCCUUUUUCCUGUUCCUGAAGGAGCUCCCUCAGUACACCACCCCCUCCUGACCUCUAGUUGGGAUGAAUGGGUUCCAGAAAGCAGAGUGCUCAAAUAUGUGGACACCAAUCUGCAGAAACAGCGAGAACUUCAGAAGGCCAAUCAGGAGCAGUAUGCAGAGGGGAAGAUGAGAGGGGCUGCCCCCGGAAAGAAGGCAUCUGGUCUGCAACAGAAAAACGUUGAAGUGAAAACAAAAAAGAACAAACAGAAAACACCUGGAAAUGGAGAUGGUGGCAGUACCAGUGAGACACCUCAGCCGCCUCGCAAGAAAAGAGCCCGAGUAGAUCCAACUGUUGAAAACGAGGAAACAUUCAUGAACAGAGUUGAAGUUAAAGUAAAGAUUCCCGAAGAGCUGAAACCGUGGCUUGUUGAUGACUGGGACUUAAUUACCCGGCAAAAACAGCUCUUUUAUCUUCCUGCCAAGAAGAAUGUGGAUUCCAUUCUAGAGGAUUAUGCAAAUUAUAAGAAAUCUCGAGGAAACACAGAUAAUAAGGAAUAUGCUGUUAAUGAGGUGGUGGCAGGGAUAAAGGAAUACUUCAAUGUAAUGCUGGGCACUCAGCUGCUCUACAAGUUUGAGAGGCCGCAGUAUGCGGAAAUCCUGGCGGAUCACCCUGAUGCGCCCAUGUCCCAGGUGUAUGGAGCACCACAUCUUCUGAGAUUGUUUGUCCGCAUUGGCGCCAUGCUGGCCUAUACUCCUCUGGAUGAGAAGAGCCUUGCUUUGUUACUGAAUUACCUUCAUGAUUUCCUCAAGUACCUGGCAAAGAAUUCUGCGACUUUGUUUAGUGCCAGCGAUUACGAAGUGGCCCCUCCUGAGUACCAUCGGAAAGCGGUGUGAGGCACUGGCCCUCAACGCCUGAUCUCUGUAAACACAUUUUUUGUUCUGGUCCUCUGUACAAAUGAUGUACUUUGAAAAUGUUAGUGUAUAACAGAAUCAAUGUUUGUUUUCUGUUUGAUUUUAAACAGAGAAAAUAAAAGGGGUUACAGCUCC